UUGGACGGCAGCUCGUGUGCAUUUGAAGGUCCUCCUCGCGCUUUCAACGUACGUGAAGUAUAACAAGACGAAACGGAGCAGGAGAGCGGCGAAGCGGAGGCUGUGAAGCUCAGUCCGAGCCGUUCUGCUGUUUAAUUUUCGCCUUUGUCGAAGUUAACGUGGAUUUGUUCACUCAGCUAACCCUCAUUAAUAGCUUUAGUAUCGAUAUCUACGGGAGUCGCCUCAGAAAAGGCACUUUUUUUGUUUUUUUAUUCCGUUGCUGCGUGUCGGUUAGGACGACUGGAGCCCGAAACGGAGCUAUGAGCGGCUUUGGAGUAAUUCUUCGACCCUGAUAGUGUCGUUUGUACUCGGCUGGAAGGACAUUUGUGGGGUGUGGAUUAUCUCAGAACAGUGCUAUGGACCUAACGUUAACGCUCAGUCGCCGAGUUCUGUGAGGACGAAAUGUGUCCUGUCUGACGCUGCGGUCCGGACCCUGCUAGCCCCCCCCCCGGCUGAGUCUCGCCUUCAAAUGAAAGAUACUUUCGGUGGAGCUACAGUGCACAGUUUUCCACACACCGACAGAGAACACGGCGACUUUCCUUUCAGAAAGGUUUCUGGGAUUAAGAGCUCGUCCGCUGACAUUAACUUCACCUCACUGAGACCCUCGGAUCCUCUCCGUCAGGCGAAAAGGCUCCCCGUGAAAAUCCUCACUAUGUUAACGGCGCAUUCAGGCCACUUGCUGCACCCGGAGUAUCUCCAGCCCCUGACAUCAUCCCCGAUUAGCAUCGAGCUGGAUGCUAAGAAGAGUCCACUGGCCCUGCUGGCUCAGACCUGUUCUCAGAUAGGUAAGCCAGAUCCUCCUUCAUCCUCCAAGCUGGCCUCAGUCACGUCCAGUGGACUCAAUGACAAAGACCCCUCGUCUCGUACCUCGUCCUCAACCCUGAAGCUUGGGGAGCAACGGUCCACGCUGGACGACAAGUCCAGCUUCAAGCCCUAUUCCAAAAUAGGCACAGACAGCCAGAGGGAUGGUACUAACAGCAACAGCAGCACUAACAAGCCUGGGUUUUGUCUUCCAAUGGGUGGAGGUAGUGGCAGCAAUAGCACACAGAGCUGUCAAUCCCACCCUCCUCGUACAGUUUCUCCAAACUCUAGAGUGGGCUCACCAUCGCAGACGCAGGCGCAGAGACCGAGCAUGUCCCCCACCACAGCACGUCCGACUGGCCACUCACAGACUGCGAAUGGGGAGCUGCAAACCACAGAGUCGGCGAACUCUGACAACAGCAGCAAUCUAAAGAAGGAGGCAGAGUCAAGUAAGGCUAGUCUGGACGGUCCCCAGCUGGCCAACUCAAGUCACGCCAGAGCAAGUGCCAACUCCAGCAGUGGCAGCUCGGACAGUAGUCCCAGUCAUGAGGGCAAGGCAGACACGCAACCAACACAGCCUGGGGGAUUGGGGCCUGUUUCUAUUUCUCCCUUCAAAUCCAGCAGUCACCCUGUUUUUCCUCUUCCAUCUUCCAGUAUGGGCUACCAUGGGUCUAUAGUGGGCACUUAUGCAGGGUAUCCUGGUCAGUUUGUUCCUGGCUUGGACCCUACCAAGUCUAGCCUUGGUGGUGCUAGCGUAGGGGUUGCAGGAAAACACCCCAGCUCCAGCCCACUGACAGGAGCGUCUCCUCCCUCUUUUAUGCAAGGUUUGUGCAGGGACCCGUACUGUUUGAGCUUCCCAAAUGCUCCUCACCUUGGUGGUAGCAACUGCAGCACAUGUGUUCAUGACCCUUCUUCCCUCAAGAGUGGCUUCCCACUGGUGUAUCCCACCCAUCCUCUCCACUCACUCCACCAGAGCUCACUGUCUUCCAGUGUCACCCCCUCACUGUCUCACCCUCUCUACACAUAUGGCUUCAUGCUGCCUAACGAGCCUCUACCACAUGCCUGCAACUGGGUCUCUGCCAGUGGACCUUGCGACAAACGCUUCGCAACUUCAGAGGAACUCUUGGCCCACUUGCGCACGCAUACCUCGCUACCAGGUGUGGAUGGUAAGCUUCUGUCUGCAUACCCCUCCUCUUCCUCUUCUGCUGCUGCAGCCGCUGCCUCCUGCCACCUCCACCUACCGCCCCAGAGCAGCCCAGCCUCUCUCCCCACCUCCUUCUCCCUAAGAGCACCCCCUAGCCUUGGGCUGGCACGCUAUCAUCCCUACAGCAAAAUGCACCUGCCCACAGCCCCGUCUUUGCCCAUGCACUCUUUACCAGCCUCUGCGCCCUACUACUCCCAUUACGCCCUCUACAGUCAAAGACUAGGAUCUGCCUCAGCUCUCGGCUACCAAUGAGGCAACACACAGAUUCUCCACACUUCAGAUUUCUAAAGAACCCGAACAAGCAAAGUGCUUGCAUGAUGACUGCUAACAUAUCCAGCUGAUACUGGACACUGGUUAUUGCCCCUGGGUUCCAGCUUCCAGUGCUGUGCAGGGACAAGUGAAUGGGACAAAAAAGAAAUCUAAAGAGCCCCUUAUGGCCGAGAUUAUGGGUGUGCAGGGUGCAUGCAAGCUUGAAACAGUGUAUGAGACUGAAGCGCUGACACAGUUUUCAAACAGAAUUGUAUUUAUUUUUUAACAAGCGCUUGGCUUUCCAGUUUAUAAUCCAAGACACAAUGUUGUUAUUGUUUACUUUUACAAAAUCAGAGUACAUCAAUUAAUUUCACUAUUAAUUUCUCUUACGUUCUCCGCCAAUUAUUUGUACACAGUAUGAUGAAAACCUCAAGUCUCGGAAAUUUCUGUUCUUUUUGUGAGGCAAAUGUCCUCUUCUGUGUUGCCUCUGUUUCUUUUGUCUGUGCGGUAUGAAUGUGCAUGUCCGAGUCCCUCUGGGCUUUCUAAAUACUCCUUUUUUAAUUUGAACAGCUUACAAAUAAAUGGUAUAAAGAGCUGUAAUAUUUUUUUGUAAUGUGUCAAGAUUACAAGGCUGGUUAUGGUGCCGGUUCAAUUAAAAAAAAAAAAGAAAGAAAGAAAAAUAGCGAUGGCAGUGCUGUCCAACUUUGGAGUUAUAA